UUUUUCUUUUUUUUCUCUACGUGUAAUAUAUACUAAUUAAUAUAACUCUGCCAUAUUAUAUAAUUUAGUAAUUGCCUGCUUCCGCUGCGCCGGCGAAACUCCUCAUCGCCACCCACCAUGCCGACGCCAGUAUACGCCGCCAGGCAAUGCCUGACUCAGGAGGCGGCCACCGUCCUCGACGAGGCGGUGGCGGUGGCGCGCCGCCGCGGCCACGCCCAGACGACGUCGCUCCACAUGGUAUCCUCCCUUCUCUCCCUCCCCAACUCAACCCUACGUGAAGCAUGCACCCGGACCCGGAACAGCGCCUACUCGACCCGGGUUCAGUUCAAAGCCCUCGAGCUCUCCCUCAGCGUUUCCUUGGACCGGAUACCCUCCUCACAGGCGAACCGGGUCGACGAGCCCCCGGUUGCCAAUUCUCUUAUGGCCGCCAUUAAAAGGUCUCAAGCUAGCCAGAGAAGACAGCCGGAAAACUUCACCUUCUACCAGCAGCAACAACAGCAGCAGCAGCAGCAAAACUCUUCUUCUUCUAUACCGAUUGUGAAAGUGGAGCUGCAGAAUUUGGUGCUGUCGAUUCUCGACGACCCGUUAGUGAGCAGAGUGUUCGGAGAAGCUGGGUUCAGAAGCUGCGACAUAAAAAUGGCGACGCUUAUGCCGGGGAAGAGCUUCCACCCAUCCCGUUUCCUCGGUUGUACCUCAAGGUACAAGCGUCCCAGCCCACCUGUGUUUCUCUGUAAUUUAACUAACAACGACAGUUUGAUUGGGGGGAAAGGUUUCAGCUUUCCGUUCAUGGGGUGUUUCGCCGGAGAUAACGAGGGUUCGAGAAGGAUCGGCGAGGUUAUGAUGAAAGCAAAGAAGCGGUGCCCGCUUCUUCUCGGCGUCUCCGCCGCGGACGCACUGAGAAACUUCCUGGAAUCGGUUCGGGCCAAGACCCGAUUCGUUUUGCCCGAGGGGCUAAACGGGUUGGGCGUGGUUUGUGUCAAAGAUGAGAUCUUGAUGUAUCUGAGUGGGGAUUCCGACGAGGGCCCGUUGAAAUCGAGGUUUAGAGAGGUGGGUGAAAUGUUGGAGAAUCGCACGGGGCCUGGAAUUGUGGUGAGCUUCGGCGAUCUGAGUGCGUUCUCCGACGCCGGCGCCGGUGAUGAUCGUUUGAGGUUUCUGGUGAGAAAUCUGGCGAAGUUGGUGGAGGAUGAUCACGGUGGGAAAGUGUGGCUGAUCGGAGCGGCGGCGGCGUACGAGGUUUAUGCCAAGAUUAUGAACAAGUUUCCGACCAUUGAGAAAGAUUGGGACCUAGAAAUUUUGCCCGUAACUUCACUUCAAUUCUCCGCCGGCGGAUCAUUUCCCAGAUCCAGCUUGAUGGAAUCUUUUGUUCCGUUCGGUGGAUUUUUCUCGAUGCCACCCGAGACGAGAAGCCCGUUAAAUAACCCGACCCAAUGUGGGGCCCGCUGCCACGUAUGCAACGAGAAGUACGAACAAGAGGUAGCUGCACUUUCAAACGGAGGAAUUUGCUCUUCACUUUCUCAACAGCAUCAAUCUAUUUUACCUUCUUGGUUGCAAAAUGCUGAACCAAUCUCACAAAGUGUAAAGGGCAAAGACGAUAAAAUGUUAUUGAACGCCAAAAUCACGGCUCUCCAGAAGAAAUGGGAUGGAAUAUGCCAACAGCUUCACUUCAAACGAACUUUAUCAAACGGUAAUCAAUUUCCCCACAUAAAGGGGUUCCAAGUUUCGGAAAACGGGAAAGAGCAAUCAUCAAACGAGCACGUUAACAAGAAUGUAUCAUCUUCAAGCUUGUCCACCGAUUUACAACACAGCUCUUUGCUGAACGGGCUUUUGUCUAAACCUACCGAAACUCCGUCGGCUGGCCGCAUCAAAUCUCCAACUUCAAUCACUUCGGUGACCACAGACCAAUCGUCUCCGUUUUCGUUUUCAUACCGAGAAAAUCUCAUGAAUGUAAAAGAUCCGAAGCUACUCUACAAAGCUCUUUUCGAAACAGUCGGAAGGCAAGAAGAAGCUUUAAGUGCAGUUGUCGAAGAAAUGAGUCAAUGCAGAACUAACGAGAGAAAUACAUGGAUUAAUUUCCGGGGACCCGAUAGAUUUGGCAAAAGAAAAAUCGGCCUGGCGUUAGCAGAAAUAUUGUAUCGAAGCGAAGAAAGUCUUGUCUACGUUGACCUAAGUUUCCAGGAUGAAAUGAUGACUACUCACGCAGACAAUCUAUUCAACUCAAAGUUGUCGAAUAAAUACGAGCUAACAAUGAGAGGGACAGUUCUUGAUUACUUGGUGGAGAAGUUGAGCAAAAGGGCAUGCGUCGUCUUUCUUGAAAACAUCGACAAAGCGGAUCUUGUUGUUCAGAAUAGCUUGUCUCAAGCUGUGAAAACGGGUCGGUUUACGGGUUUUUGUGGGAGAGAGGUAAAGGUAAGCAAUUGUGUCUUUUUGGGAACAACAAAGUCGAAUAGUGACGGCUCGUCAGCUAAAUACACUGAGGAAGAUGUAUUACGUGCGAAGGCAAAUUCGAUUCGAAUUUUGAUCAGAUUUGACCUUAACGAAGAUCCAAUUAUCGAAUCCGACGGGUUAUUUUGUAUGAACAAAAGAAAGCUUCUUCGCGAGAAUACGGAUCAGACAAAAAGAUCGUACAAGACUUCGAAAUCCUACCUGGAUUUGAAUCUUCCUGCAGAAGAAGGGCGUGAGUUGUUAUGCGCCGCAGAAUAUUCCAAUUCCGAUUCGAGUUCGGACAUCAAUGCGGCCAGGUCAUCGUCGUGGCUGGAAGAUUACGAAGCGCAAAUCGACCGGACGGUGAAUUUCAAGCAGUUGGAUUUGGACAAGCUUUCCGAGAAUAUAUACAAGGGUGUGAGUGAGUGUCUGAAAAAUGCCGUUGGAUUUGAAUGCUCGUUGGAGAUCGAACGGGAUAUAAUGCAGCAGAUUCUUUUGGCCGCGUGUCUUUAUGGAGACAAGAAAGUGGAGGGUUGGAUUAAGAAUGUUGUGAGUGAGGGUUUCGUCGAAGCUGUUGGAAAAUAUAGUAUUGAUGCUCGUUCGGUUGUGAAGCUCGUUUCGUACGAGGGUUUCAGUCCGGUGGAGAAAUUCGAUGGAUUACUACUUCCAGAGAGAAUUGUGCUGAAGUAGUUUGGUAUGUAAUUUAUAUUUGUAAUUGUAUAUGUAUAAUAUAGGUUGAGUUUGGGUUAUUAGUAUAGAUAAAUGCUAGUAAAGUAGUAAUUGUAUCAAGAUUAAUUAGUGUGUCAUAAUUUUCUGAUGGUCUUUUAUUUUCUUUCUUUUUGUGUUAGAUCAUUAAUUAUAUAUUGGUAGCUUUAGGAUUGUGUGUUUAGAAUCAUAAUGAUGAAUAAAAGAAAUUGAAGUUGUUGGUUA